AUGGCCUCCUGCGCGCGGUGUCGCCGCUCGGCCCCGGCUGGCGGCGACACUUGGUGUCUGGCGUGCAGCGCCUGGGAAGCACUGGGCAACGAACUUUCGUUCGCCUGGUCGCAUCCCGGCUUGCGCGCCGUAGCGACUGACUUGGUGGUCUCCGCGGUUCGGCAAGUGCGGGCCCUGCGGGUGACUCGGGGGGACUCCUCGACACCCCGGGCUGCACCGCCGGCCGCGGUCCCUCCGGUCCCUGGCCCGCGGGUGGCCGAGCGGACUGGCAGCGUUCCGGCUGGGGGCAACUCCGGGCCGGAGCGCGAACGGUCGCCCCUGCCCCGCUCCUCGGGCAGAGGGCGCGACACAGGCGGCGGACCUCCCGCCCCUGCAGUCGAAGAGUCCUCGGAGGCGGAGGACGAGGAGGAGGAGUCUGAGGCGGAGUCCGAGAAGACCCUCCUUUUGGUCGCUGGUGUUAAGACUGAGGUGACGGAGGAGAGAGCUGACCGUGCCGAAACAAUGACGGAGUUGGAAACAAUAGAGGCGGCGGUCGUCGAGGGCUAUGGGCAGUAUGGAACCUUCGACGUGGAGGAUGCUGUUCGUUGGGGAACUUUGACUCCGGUAGUAGGAGAUGUGCUGGAGACAGGGAUUCCCCAGGAGAUCGUGGGCGAAGAAGGCGUGGUCGGAAUUUUUCUGGUCACAGGUUUCGAGCUUGGCGCCGAUGGAGGAAUGCUGGUAAGGGUAAAAUCCGUUGGCGCCUCAUCCCCGGCAGUGCUCGGCAUUUUGUCGUCGCUGUUCAACAGGAAAGAAGGCAAGUUGCACCUUUGCCCAGGAGCUGGCAGCUGCUACGAAGAAGGCGGGGUUUUCCAUGUUCGCAGGGUGGAGGUUUGGAAAGGCUCCGAAUUUCCAUCCCAGCGGCUCUCGCCUGGCGGCAAGCGGCUUGUGAAGCAGAUGGAGCGUGGAGAAGAGUUGGACCUCGAGCAAGAGGAAGAGGUCGCGCCUGCUGGAAGACCUCCCGCUUUGAAGGGGAGGCGCUCCGUGCAGGGCGCUGGAGAAGAAGCCAGAGGAAAAGGUGUCGGAGAGAAAGUUCGAGGACGUGGACUCGUGCGAAAGACGAACAGGCCUGCAGCUCGACUCCCUGGCGAUUCCGGGCCGGCGGCUUUGAGGGCUGCUGGUCCGCACCGUGCAGCCCUGACCUAUGGAGCGAAGGAACAGGAGGAGCAAAGAGGAGAUACUACGAUGGGCUUGAAACUACAACGCAAGGAGAAGGGAGUAGGAGACGCACUCGCGGCCCGCUUCCUUGCCAUCGAGCAAGCGACCAGCCAUUACCUUGGCGGCGAGGAAAUUCAACAAGAUGAUGGAGAAGGUAAGCAAGCCCGAGGAAGACAGUCGGUUGAGCGUGUGCUGGGUGAUGACGAGCGGGCUGUCUGGGGGCUGAAGGAGGUUUUGCAGGACUUUGAGCGCAAGUCAAUAGGCUAUUCAGGUGAAGAGAUCUGCAAGGCAGAACCUUUGUCGUUGGAGCGAAUGCUACCAGGUCUGCCACCGGAAGGUCAUGGAGGUUCUAUCAACACGAUUGACUGGGUCAGUGGUCACACCCGAUACCUUCUCCUAAACCCGGACAAGUGUGUUGCUAUGGACGUAGGGCAGACACUGCCUAAGCUACAAGGGAAGGUUCAUAUUAAGGAAGGGGAGCGUUUGCCGAUUGCUCGUGAGCUUGUGCGGCGAGGCAUUUGCCGUUGGAUUCCUGAGUCCAAGGUGGCCACUUUUAGGGGGCAAAAAGUGCUGAGUGGCUUGUUUGGAGUCGCUAAACCAAAGAAGCUGCCCUCAGGUGAAUGUGUCUUGCGACUCAUUAUGAAUCUGGUGCCCGCCAAUGCAGUGCUCCGAACAAUUGCCGGCAAGGUGGAGAAGUUGCCCAGCAUCACCCAGUGGCUUAACGUUGUCAUUGAAGAAGGUGAGACACUGAGGAUUGCCCAAUCGGACAUGGCUUGUGCUUUUUACCUCUUUAGCCUGCCUGAAGCAUGGAGCUCAUUGUUGUCCUUUAACCUUCAUUUCCCCAGCAGUGUGAUUGGUGACCCUUCGCUGUUGAGUGAGAAAGAGGAGCUCUUUCUAGCGUGCCGAGUGCUCCCGAUGGGGUGGAGCAGUGCGGUAGGUGUGAUGCAGGCUAUUGCUGAAUCAGUGUUGAUAGAGGGUGGCUUCAAUCCCCUGGCUCAAAUUACAAAGACCUCCCCUUUGCCCCCGUGGGUACUGCAAAGCGCAGCCGCCGGAAGUCACCAGGGCAAACCCUGGUGGCAUGUGUACCUUGACAACUUCGCAGCGGGUUCAAAGGUACAGGAUGACAAUCCGGAGGAGCUGAUAUUGUUGCAGCAACAGGCGGAAGGUCUCUGGAAAGACGCUGGGAUCGUGGUGUCUGAAGGUAAGUCGGUGGUGGCCGCCCUACGGGUUCUUGGUGAACUCAGAGAAAUGUUCCCCGGCGUUCGCGUCGAUUUCUUUGUGGAAAAUGUGGCAAGCAUGGACGUGGAGGUGCGUGAUGAAGUGAGUGAUUUGCUAGGUGCCGCCUUCAUGGAUCAGAAAGGCUCACGGUACCAGGAAGACAUGCUGAAGAUGGAGCCUGGUGGCCUUGAUAGUGAUGCACUCUUUGGGCAGAGUGAAUUGUCUGAGGGUCUCCUCCACCCAGGCGCAGUCAUUGUGGCGGACAACGUGCUGAAACCCGGGGCACCGCUGUUCCUCUACCAGAUCAUGAAUGGUGGACGAUAUCACGCGCAGAUUGUGUCCCUGGAUGAGUUCGCCAUGCCCUCGGAGGACUGGAUGUCCAUCAAUGUGAAGAGAAUAAAGGCGCCGGAGAACGACACCGAACCGCCGGACGAUUUGCAUGAGCUGUCCAAAGAGACGGACCGCAUGCGAGAACGCGCGGUUGGCCCUGGCCGCAGCGUCACUUACGACGAGUGGGCGGAGUUUGCCCAGGAUGUCAAGUCGCGCCUGGCACGCGCGAACGUCUCGUUGACGGUGGACCUCCGACCAGAAAGCAGCCGCGAUAGAGAUGAUUUCUUUAGCGCAAAAUCAAGAUGA